AUGGGUGAGAAUAGUGAAGAAGCUCAAGAAAAUCGUCAAGUUCCCCGUUUGAACGAAAGGAUUCUUUCAUCUUUGUCAAGGAGAUCAGUAGCUGCCCACCCUUGGCAUGAUCUUGAAAUUGGACCUGGAGCUCCUCACAUUUUCAACUGUGUUGUGGAGAUCACUAAAGGAAGCAAGGUCAAAUAUGAACUUGACAAAAAGACGGGAUUAAUUAAGGUCGAUCGGAUUUUGUACUCAUCAGUUGUUUAUCCCCAUAACUACGGUUUUAUCCCACGGACACUCUGUGAAGACAAUGAUCCGCUUGAUGUCUUGGUUCUCAUGCAGGAGCCCGUUCUUCCGGGUUGUUUCCUGCGAGCCAGGGCCAUUGGACUUAUGCCAAUGAUUGAUCAGGGAGAGAAGGAUGAUAAAAUUAUAGCAGUGUGUGCUGAUGACCCAGAAUAUAAGCACUUUACUGACUACAAAGAGCUUGCACCUCAUCGCAUCUCUGAGAUCCGACGCUUCUUCGAAGAUUACAAAAAGAAUGAGAACAAGGAGGUAGCAGUAAACGAUUUUCUACCUGCAAGCGUUGCUGUUGAUGCCAUCCAGUACUCAAUGGAUCUUUACGCAGAGUAUAUUCUGCAGACCUUGAGCCGAUAG